CCUUGCUUCUUCAAUAUAUAUCGUAGUGCUCCGUUCCACAGAUCCAAUUGAUUUGUAGGAUGAGAGUAGUAUAAUAUCAUGGACUUCUGGUCCCGCUUGAUCGGAGGAUCCAAAACCUCGCGACAGACGACGACCUCGAACAACCCACAACAAAGACUCGCAAAGUUCAAGCGGGUAUACGACCAGAUACUUCAAACAUGGCAGACCGCAUCCUCCCCGCCCUCACCCACCACCUCCACCCACCUCCGCUCCCUCCUCGCCCGCCUCACCGCUCUCCUCACCUCCGAAACACGCGCCCCAUCUCCCCAUCUCUGCCUCGCCUUCGCCUCCAGCUCCGCCAUCUACCACCCUAUCUCCGCCCUCGCCGCCGCCUCCUACGACGAGGGCAUUAUCCGCGAGACCAUCACCCUCUUCGCCGCGCUGGUCGACAGCGAGGAGGAGGACUUUUUGGCGGAUCCGCGGUUCGCCACCGCGCUGAUGCGCUGCGUGGAGCGGACGACCGCGGGGGGCGGGGUGUUUGUGGGGGAGGAUACAGAGGGGGAGAUCGUGGAGUUGCUCUUUGGGAUUGCGGCGAAGAUACGGUUGCAGCCGGGGUUGUUGGGGGUGUGGUUUACGGGGAAGGCUGGGCGGGAUGGGCAAGAGGGGGAGGGGGAGGGGGGUCGGAAGGAGGAGGGGGCGGCGGCGACGGAUGGGUUCGGCGUUGCGGUGGACGGACCGACGGCGAGGAAAAUUAGCCGGGCGGAGUUCGUGGGCGUCACGCAGAAGGAGGACUUUCCGCUAUGCUAUCAGUUGAUCGACCAUGUGCAUCAUGAAGGCCGGAUCGGGGACUUUGCGCGGACAGGGCUAUUGUACGUCUUCGAGUCCGCGUCGCAGUCGGAGGACCUGGAGAGCUGGAUCGUCGAGAGUGACCUCCCCACGCUGAUGGCGAGCGGUCUAGGGGCCUUGUAUAGCCAAUUGAGCCGAAAGCUCUCCAUUCUUCAUCCUAUCGACGAGUUGCCGAUCAUCCUCGCGCUUUCGGACUACGAGAACCUGUCGUCCCCCUCCGAUGCCGAAAGCUUGUUCUCUCCCGCGUUCCAUAACCACAUGGAGACAUUCUUAUCGUAUCUCACCUUCUGGCAGGAUGUGCUCGAACACUGUCACUCUCUGGAGGUUCGUCAGACACUUGUCGAGCACUUCCGCGUGCUGUUUCUCCAGCAGCUAUUAUAUCCAUCUUUACUAGAGUCAUCCGAUAUAGAUGGAGGCUCCUCGGUUGCCGUCCUCACGUAUCUACGACACAUCCUUGACGCACUCGAUCACCCUGAGCUCGUCCAUAUGAUCCUAACCUAUCUUUUGGCGAUAAUGGAGGCCCCAAGCAGCCUAUCCCAAAGCAUGGCCUCGAUCCGACCUGGUUCUUUCCGACGACGACGGUCGCUGAUGCUUCUCACCCAGAUCGAAAGCGAAGAUGACCGGCCGAAUCCUUCGUUGUUCAACCUCAUCGAUCUGGUGGUGAAUAGCGUGCGGUCCGCAAAUCCUCAGACGGUGGUAGCGGCGCUGAAACUGGUCACGGUCAUCAUGAGCAAGAACCACGAGUACGCGUCCGGGUCGUUACUCCGUACCAUUCCCAUGGCGGACCCGGAGCCGCAGAGGACCCAUGGCGGCUUGAAUGCUGAAAUCGAGGCGUACAUGGAGAUCGCUGAAGAUAUCGGCGUGGACUCCAAUGUCGACGAUGCAUAUGAUUCACAUCUUAAAGAUGCGAUGAAGCUAUUGGAGACACAUUCUUGUUAUUCGCACGUUCUACCUGAGAGCGUUCUUGCAGCGACAGGAAAUCUUCCGUCAUCAUCAAACGCCACGGUCUCAAGACUUCAGCAUACGAAGAUCCCGCCCCACUAUCUUAACCCCAGCGAUGGUCUUUUGAGGAACAUAUUGAACCUCUUCCGAACAUUCCUCUCCAACGACGUCGAGGUCAAUCUCAGCGUCACCGAGACACUUAUCAACCUGGCAUGCUGCCGUUCCCUCCAACUCGACACCUGGCUCGCCGUCUCCCCAACCUCCUACACCUUUCCCUCAUCCACCCCAAACCCAAGCGACCCAACCCUCGACCCCGCCGCACGCCUCCGCCGCGCCCGCACCCCGCCCACCUGGUCCCCCGACGCCGCCCCCCUCCUCCUCCGCACCCUCCAAUCCGUCCAAUCAGAACUCCACCUCCUCCGCACCCGCAUCCCCACCCUUCCCUCCCUCCUCACCGCCCGCCGCCACGCCUUCCGCCUCCACGACGAAAUCUCCACCUCCCCCUCCUCCAUCCCCCUCGCCCCGCCCCCCCGCCUCGCUACCCCCGCCACCCCAGCGCGAUCAAGCACCCCCUCACGCAAAUCCCCAACCAGCCCCCUUGGCUCCUCAUCACCAUCGUUGGUCCCCAGUUUGCGCUCCCCGACCACCCUCCCCGAUCCCCGCUCCCCUGCUCGAUCGCUCCCGCAACGCAUGCUCGACGCUCUAGAUAGCACCCCGAGCCGCAGCGGGCAGCCGACACCCCGUAGCGGGUCGCCGAACGCGGGAAGCGGGCUGCGGAACGGGCUGCGCGCGUUCGCGGACAUGAUGGCGGAUUUGGGGGCGGAGAUCGCGAGUGGGGAGGCGAUGAAGGGCGAGAGGGAGCGGGAGGGGAGUCCGGGUGGGCUGGGGCGCGGACGGGUCGGGCGGGCCGAGGCGGGCGGGGAUGGGGAGGAGGCGGGGCGGUUGAGCUCGGCGAGUCGGGGGGGAUUGUUGGGGGAUGUGGUGAGGUUGGCUGGGGAGGGGUUGAGGGGGAAGAUGGUGCGGUUUCCGCUUGACGACGCGGAGGAGGAGAGUGAGGUGGAGGAGGGCGAGGAGAGGUGGGAGAAGGAGGUCAGCUUGAGCCAUGUGCUGACGAACGUAGUGAUCUUGCAAGAGUUUGUCAUGGAGGUGGUCGCGGUCAUGCAGGUUCGCGCGAGUUUGUUCUCGGAGGUUAAGUUCGCAUAG